AUGAAGACCGGCGUCAACCAAGCUUCCGACAGAGCUAGAGAUGAUAUCGCCGUUACAGAGCCAACCACACCGCCACGCGACCAUAUGCAGAGUGACGAAGAACUACCUGAACAGCUGCCCCGCUAUCCUGGAGAGAGCCCGCCCAAUACCCUUCCGCCUGGCGUUUUCACUGAUCACGAAACCUCGGACGAAACAUCAUCUCUGAUAUCCCAUGCUUCAUCGCUACCAGGAGAAAUACUUGUCCAAAGCAGCGUUGAUAUCCGUCGGUCUCAUCGCGUAGACCUGCGCGGCGUGCAACUUCUACCACUUCGGCGGUUCUGGCAGCUAUUCGUUUUGAUGGGAGUCUUGUCGGGAAUCGGCCUUAUGACUAUUAAUAAUGUGGGCAAUGUUGUCAAAGCACUAUGGCGAAAGUAUGAUGACUCGGCCGACCAAACGUUCAUUGUCCGAACACAGCAACUCCACGUUUCGAUUCUUUCUCUAUGUAGUUUCUCGGGGAGACUUUUGAGUGGCGUUGGCUCCGACUUCCUUGUCAAGGUCCUCGAUGCUAACCGACUUUGGUGCAUCGCUAUCGCGAGCACUAUCUUCUUUCUUGCACAACUAUGUGCCAUCUUGAUUACCAACCCCCACCUUCUUGCCUUUGUGUCUGGUCUGUCAGGUCUUGGGUAUGGCUUCCUUUUUGGAGUCUUCCCAUCUAUCGUUGCGGAAACCUUCGGAAUUCACGGCCUCAGUCAGAACUGGGGCUUCAUGACACUAGCGCCGGCCAUAACAGGCAAUGCAUUUAACAUCUUCUAUGGAAAGAUUUAUGACACACAUAGUACGGUUGGGCCAGGCGGCCAACGUAUCUGCCUAGAGGGCGUCGAAUGUUACAAGUCUGCAUAUGUCACAAGUCUUGUUGCGAGUGUAGUCGGUCUUGGCUUGGCCCUUUGGAUCAUUCAAAGCGAUCGGAAGGCAACCCUUUUGGGGGAAGGAUGA